AUUGGGUCGGAGUAGUAUUUGUUCAAAUAACUGAAUCAGGAAAAUUUAAAAGACCGGUGACAAAUGAAUGUUCACCAAUGAAUGAUCUACUCGAUUAUUCGGUGGGAGAACAAUCUUUGGCUAAUCUAAUUUUGGAUUUAAUGUCAUAUGUCAUCGAAAAAAAAUUCGAAACAGUUCAAACAG